CAAAACUGUAAUUGAAAAUUAAUUGAGGAUAAAUAGAAGACUACUGAACUUAUAAAUAUAUCAAAUAUAAAAGAGAAUAAAUUUUGAUUUUCAAAAAAUUUAAAGCAGAAUUUGACAUUUACUGUGACAGUUUCAGGAAACAAGUUGACAAUAAUAAGGGGCGUUUCUUGAAUUUUCGAUUAUUUCGCAUUUACCACAAACAAGAGUAACAAAUACCACCCAUUUAUGGAAAAUUUCCUUCCAAGAAACGAUGGAAGUCUAUAGACCUGAAAAUGCAUUCGGUAUGAAUCUACGAACAUUUAAAAUAUUCGGUGUUUGGCCAUCAUCCGUAAAACAUCCGGUUUUAAGAUUUUUUCACAUACUUUAUGGAUAUUCGAUACAUUUUUUUUAUAUUGCUAUUUUAUUGCCGGCACAAUUUAUAAGUAUGUACAUUAUGCGAAAUAAUGUACAGGAACUUGUUGAUAGUUCUUUUUUUACAUUGAGUUGCAUUGCUUAUGCAUCGAAAUCAAUUAUUUUUAUAACACGUCGAAAGAAAGUUGAGGAAUUUUUUCAAAGAUUACAUGAUCCAAUAUUUACUCCAAAACGAAAGGAACAUUUUGAUGUAUUGGAAGAAUCGGCUGUUACAGCGAGAACAACUUCGGUGGCAUUACUCUCAAUAGCAAUGACAACGUGUAUUACUUGGAUUAUUUUUCCACUAAUUGAAAAUAGAGAGGAAAAAACGUUACUAUUUGUUGCAUGGUAUCCAUAUAACACGACAGUAAAUCCAGCCUAUGGUUACACGUACUUGUCGCAAACACUUCUUUUAUUAACGACAGCUGCAAUGGAUACCAUGAUCGACAUGAUGACAACAAAUUUCUUUGUCCUUAUGGUGGGACAAAUAGAAAUUUUAAAACUUGAUUUUCGUGAAUUGACAGAUUUUAUCGUUAUCAAUCGUUCAGGAAAGACUAAUGGAUUUUCAAACGAUGUUCCACUGAAUUCUUCAAAAACAUACAUAAUGCGAGGCGACAUGAAGGAACUUGUGGAUAAUUCUUUCUUUACAUUGACUUGCAUUGGUUAUGCAUUAAAACUUAUUGUAUUUAUAUUGCAACGCAAUAUACUCGAGGAAUUUUUCGAUAGAUUGAAGAAUCCAAUAUUUUUUCCUAAACGAAAGAAACAUUUGGACGUGUUGAAUAAAUAUACAAUAUCGGCAAGGACAAAUACAUCGAUUUAUAUAUCUCUUGUACUUGCCACUUGUACUUCUUGGAUUAUUUUUCCAUUGGUUGAUUCGAAACAGGAAAAAUCAUUUCUUUAUGCUGCAUGGUUUCCUUAUGAUGUGAGAACAAAUGAAGCUUAUAUUUAUACAUACAUUUCUCAAACAUUUCUUCUAUUAACGACAGCAUCAAUGGUUUCCAUGAUUGAUAUUAUGACGACAAAUUUUUAUGUUUCAAUGGUGUGUCAAAUGGAAAUGUUAAAAAUAGAUUUUUGUGAAUUAACAAAAUUUUCCUUAAACUCGUCGAACACUUUUGAAGAUAUUUUUUAUUAUAAUGAAGAAACAAUAGAUAAAAUAUUAAAUGAUCGAAUUAUUAAAUGUGUAUUACGAUAUCAAGCAACUAUCAAAUACAUUAAGGAUGUGACGAACUUUUUCGAAACUGGAAUUGCGAUACAAGUCUGCGCUAGCAGCAUUACCAUUUGUACAUCAACUUACGAAAUGACUUCGUUUUCGGCAAAGACGAUGCAGUUUUAUACGUAUUUCCUUUAUCAAUUGUGCAUGUUAUAUCAAAUAUUUAUAUACACCUGGCGUGGUAAUGACAUCACCAUAAAGGCAACCAAGGAAAAGACAUUACUUUACGCUGCGUGGUAUCCAUACAAUGUAACACAGAAUCCGGGUUAUGCAUAUACAUACAUUUCUCAAACAAUUCUUUUGGUAACGACAGCAACUAUGAAUGGCAUGAUUGACAUGCUGACUCUUAACUUUUACGUUGUCAUGGUGGGACAUAUGGAAAUCCUCAAACAAGAUUUUCGUGAAUUGACAAACUUAUUUGCUGCACAUUCAAUGAGUCCAAGUAUUGAAUUCUCCAAGAAGAAUAGAGAAUUUUAUGAAAAUUAUCAAUUAUUUAAUGAACAGAAGCAAUUUGUUAGUGAUUUGUCAAUUCUUCAGGAUAUAAAUACGACAAUUUUGAAUAAUUUAUAUUUAAAAUCGCCAAAAGAUGAUUUCCUGGAGAAUGAAGAAUCUUUGGACAAAAUAUUAAACGAUCAAAUUAUUCAAUGUUUAUUGCGAUAUCAGGCAAUUAUCAAAUUUGUUAGUGAUGUUACGAAUUUUUUUCAAUUUGGAAUUGUGGUACAAGUCUGCGUUAGUAGUUUCAUCAUUUGUGCGACAACUUAUGAAAUAACAUCAAUUUCACCAACAACGAUGGAGUUUUACAUGUACUUGACAUAUCAAAUGUGCGUGUUGUAUCAAAUAUUUAUUUACACAUGGCGUGGUAAUGACAUCACCGUAAAGACGACAGAACUAAUGGAUGCAGUUUAUGAAUGCGGAUGGAUGUCAGUGCCAAGUUUAAAAUUCAGAAAAUCCCUUUGCAUUAUUAUGUCACACCUACAAGUUCCAAUGACAUUAUGUGUCGGAAAGUUUUUUUUGUUGUCAGUUGACACAUUCUUUAAAAUUAUUAAAAUGUCGUAUAGUUUUUACGUUCUCUUAAAACAAGUCAACAACUGA